AUGGAGAAAUCAGUAACAUUGUUAGUAUUAUUAUUAUACUUUGGAUUAGCUUUUGGGGAAAUUAAUGAUAAUGCAGGCAGAAAAAAGAACAAGUGUAUGUUUCCAGCAAUAUAUAAUUUUGGUGACUCGAAUUCGGACACUGGCGGAAAAUCAGCAGCAUUCCGUGAGGUGCCCCCACCCAAUGGUCAGACAUUCUUCGGUAGACCCUUUGGGAGAGUGUGCGAUGGUCGUCUCAUCAUUGACCUCAUAGCGGACAGGUUGGAGUUGCAGUACUUGAGUGCGUAUUUAGAUUCAAUCAGUGCAGAUUUUAGAAAUGGUGCAAAUUUUGCAACAGCAGGUUCAUCGAUACUCCCUGGUGGUUACAGUCCUUUUAGCCUUGCGGUUCAGAUUUCUCAAUUUUUACAAUUCAAGAAACGUACUAUUUUGCUCACUGAUUUAGCAUUUUCAAAUAACUCAAAGUGGUCUUCCUCCAAAGUUAGCAUUCCAAAGCCAGAAGAUUUCUCAAAGGCACUUUACACAUUUGACAUUGGACAGAAUGACCUUUCCUAUGGUUUUCAACAUAGUCACGAAGCACAAGUCAGAGCAUCCAUUCCACUAAUCCUAAACAACUUUACUCAAGCAAUUCAACAACUAUACAAUGAAGGGGCUGUGAAUUUUUGGAUCCACAAUACUGGUCCUAUUGGCUGUUUGCCCUUUAGUGUGAUUGAUUACCCAUUGAAGCCCCAGGGCUUGGAUGGCAUUGGGUGCAUAGAGAACCAAAACAAGGUGGCUCGUGAGUUCAACAAGCAACUCAAGGACAGGAUAUUACACUUACGAGCAGAGCUCCCUCAUGCUGCAUUUACUUGUGUUGACAUGUAUUCAGCCAAGUAUAAACUAAUUAGCAAUGCCAAGAAACAAGGUUUUGGAGACCCAUUGAAAUUCUGCUGUGGAUGGUACAACAAGGGCUAUGAAGUUGCAUGUGGGCAGACAGGUAGAGUGAAUGGCAGAGAGUAUGGGAAGGCAUGUAGUAAUCCCACAAAAUACAUUAGCUGGGAUGGGAUACACUACACAGAUGCUGCAAAUGUCUGGUUAGCCAAGUACAUUCUCAAUGGCUCUUUCUCAGAUCCUCCAGUUCCUAUUGAACAAUCCUGCAUUCACUCAUCCACCAGAGUUUAACAAGAUGUGCUUUGGACCCGCCACAAUUAUCCUGCGAUUUCCAAGAUUAUUACUGUCAUAUAUAUAGAGCUGCAUAUAGUAUGUUUGUCUCCCACUGAGAAACCAAUAGGAAUUUCUCAAUCUUAUCUUUAAUGUAUGGUCACUUUAAUAUGUUAUCUGCUACUCCAUUAUCUCAAUUGUCAUAUGGUUGUUAUAAGAAAAAUGAGAACAUGGGACAUGAUCUGAAGCUCAAACAACUAUUACG